AUGACGAUGAAAGUAAUAUUGAAUCGACUGCAGACGGGGUACAUCAACCUCACCCAUACCUUGCCGUGGUUUCAUAAGAAAGGCAUGGAGAUGGAGUAUAAUGAUUAUGUGCACAUGAUGAAAAUGGUCGGCUUUCUACAUCCUCGGCAGGGGGCUGACAGUGCUCGAGGUGAUGAUACCUCGAAACUCAAGACACUCAUUGCCGAAUGGGUAAAUCGCAAAUUCAAGCCAGAUCACCCAGUCGACCCCGACGACAAACAUUCCCGUGGUUUUAGCAAUGACGCAUGUGGCAGACUGCUCUGUCCGGCUGAAUUUGAUUGGAACAACCCAGCUGUAAAGGCAGCAUUCCUUUAUGACAAGUACCAGAGCAAUCUAGAUGAUCUGGAGGAGGGGCUUUUCAAAGGUAAAAUUCUUCUUCAGGGUUACAAAGCUGUAUUCACCUCGCCAUCCUCAGCCAAGGACAUCAACGGUGAUGGUGACGGGGUGGAUGUCAUACAAAACAACAGACUCGCCAAGAAAUCCUCUGCCAGCGUCAAAGUCAAGAAGCUUGUAGCGGAGAUCAUCAAAAUGAGAAAAGUCAAUCCUCGUUCUAUCGCCUAUAUUGCGUGCCAAGUUUGA